UCAUUUGAAGCCACAGCUUACACUUACUUCCCAAAUAAAAUGGAAAAAAGUGUGCGAAAAAUGAAGGCUCUGGUUGCAAUUUGUGUCUCAUUGGCCGUUUUCAUUGUUGAGUCAGAAGGUGUGUGCACGGACAAUUUUCUGUGCGAAACCGGAUUUUGCAACGACCAAGCGUGUGCUCCGAAUUGUGGACUCCCCGAAACCACCGAAUGCGUUGGAGAACUCCUUCAGCUCUACGAAAAUCCCAAGGACUUUUGCUCCUGUUGUCCAAGCCGAUGUGUCUCAUACCUGAAGGCCGGCUCGGUGUGUUCCACCAUAUCCCUUUCCCCAUUUCCAAGUGAAAUGUGUGGACCACAGCUAACUUGUGCCUUGGAGAAGCCGGAUGAUAAGGUGACCAAAUGCAUUCGCUCUAAGACUUCUUGUUUGGAUGCGUUGACACUUUACGAGGACAAUCUGUCCAACGGAACUCUCGGGGUGAACCAAGCUCGGCCUAAUUGCGACACGGAUGGUUAUUGGGAACCGAUUCAGUGCAUUCGUGGAGGUCUUUGUCAUUGCGUGGAGAAGGACAAUGGGGAGCCCAUUUUUGGGAUUGCCGGCGGAGAGGCAGAGUCUCAAAUGGGCAAGCAGGAUUGCUUAUGUGCUCGAAACUACUACGAAAGUCUUUACCAAGGCUGCCGAAUGACCUUGGAAUACCACUUGGAUGGAGUUCAGUAUGAGAGAGACUUGAAAGCGUGUUUGGAAAAGGCCAGAACGGCGUCUGCUUGGGACAAUGUCUACUUUCCCUCUCAUAUGCGAUGCUUAUCUAAUGGGAACUUUGAUGUGAUCCAAUGUGCCGAGAGAACGGUUACCGAAGACAUGUGCUUCUGCAUCAACGACGACAUGACAAUCAACGGCACCAUCACAUAUCAAUCUUUGAUCACAGACUUGCAGUGCUUUGACGAGGACAUCCACAACGUCGAGUACUUCAAUCCUUGCGAGAAGAUAGUGGGUCAUUACAAGAAAUUGGAACAAUCCUACGCCCAACAAGGCAGGACCCUGUACCACGGAACCCAGUUACCCAAGUGUUCUCCGGAUGGCAGUUUUGAUAAGGUCCAGCUCAAUGGGACGUUCUAUUAUUGUUCAGAUCGUGAGGGCAACCCCAUUGAGGAUUUUAAGGCCAGCAUUUACUCCGCAGAAGGUCGAGAUAUAAACUGUGAGUGCGCUUUUGCCAAGACCUACUUAUCUGAAGGCCUCGCCAAGCCCACAUGCGAAAGUAAUGGCAACUUCAGGUCUUUCCAAUGUCAAGCAGGUCAGUGUUUCUGCGUGGAUAAAUAUGGACGACAAACGAAGAAAGAGGUGGAUCAAUUACACAUUGACGAAUUGGGCGAUUGCCCAGAGGACGCAAAGAAUGUAGCUUCAAAUCCAAGUGGCAUGUACGUAGAUUGAUGACAUUAAAAAAAAACAUCGAGUGCCUCCACAAGAGCACGUUUGAUAAUACUCUCCAGAAAACAAACAAAAGAGCAUUAUCUCAUUUGGUUGCGUAUUUGUGAGUAGGUUUGUUGUUCGAUACCAUUCUGUGUAACAAUCGGAAUAACCACUUCAACCAACAAAAGGGGCAAAAUUAAACUCUUUUUAGACCAGA